AUGUCUGACGACGAGAGCAUGCCGGAUGAAUCCAGACAUGAAACUGGCCCAAGCCGUGCAGACUUUGAGAAACAGCUAGACGAGGAGUACCCCAACCGGCCUCGCAAUCACGGCAAGACUCUUCCCUUUCACACUCUUUUCGAGGAUCUCUUCAAUCCUCUGAUUGAUAACAGGCAAAAGAAGCCAACAGCAGCCGCCGUCAACCGCAGAAAAGUAGGUCCAGAUGGCCCGUCUAAUCUGUCUCCGUCGGAAAGGCGGCGGGCAAUCAUACAACGAUACAUUGCUCGUUGGCGCAAGGAGGUCGGCCCUGACUUCUUCCCGGCCUUUCGGCUCAUCAUCCCCGACAAGGAUCGUGAACGUGGAGUAUAUGGGCUAAAAGAGAAGAUCAUCGCCAAACUACUUAUCAAAAUCAUGAAGAUCGACAAGAACUCAGAGGACGGGUAUAGUCUUCUCAACUGGAAGCAGCCUGGUCAGACGGCUGCAUCGCGAAUGGCAGGAGAUUUUGCGGGUCGCUGCUAUGAGGCCUUGUCGAAACGACCGAUGAGGGUCGAAGUUGGAGACAUGACUGUUGCUGAAGUCAAUGAGCUUUUGGAUAAGUUGUCAGGCGCGCCAAGAGAGGAGAACCAGCUCCCAAUCUUGGCCGAGUUCUACAAGCGCAUGAAUGCGGAAGAGCUGAUGUGGUUGAUUCGCGUCAUCCUGAAACAGAUGAAAGUGGGUGCUACCGAAAAGACCUUUUUCCACCUCUGGCACCCGGACGCAGAGAGUCUCUUUAAUGUUUCUAGCAACUUACGAAGAGUAUGCUGGGAACUGUACAACCCCGAAGUGCGUCUCCAAGACGAUGAGGCUGGAGUUACGCUGAUGCAGUGUUUCCAACCUAUGCUAGCCCAAUUCAAGCAAGAAUCUCUGAACAAAGUCGUGGAGGCGCUCAAGCCAACCCCCGAAGACCCUGAAUUUUGGAUCGAGGAGAAACUAGACGGCGAACGCAUGCAGAUUCAUAUGGUCACCGACGACAACCAUUCAGGCGGGAGACGCUUCCGAUUCUGGUCAAGAAAAGCCAAAGACUACACCUAUCUGUACGGCGACGGGUUUUAUGACCCCAGCGGGGCACUCACUCCGCACAUUAAAGAAUGCUUCGCCGAUGGGGUAGAAAAUAUAAUCCUCGAUGGCGAGAUGAUAACGUGGGACCCUAACGAAAAAGCACCUGUGCCUUUCGGAACACUGAAAACUGCCGCACUGGCGGAACAACGCAAUCCUUUCGCCCAAGGCCACCGACCUGUUUUCCGGAUCUUCGACAUACUUUUGCUGAACGAUCAGCCUCUGACUCGCUACACUCUGCGAGAUCGCCGCAAAGCGCUGGCUGCCAGCGUAAGAAGUCAGCCGGAACGCUUCGAAAUCCAUGAAUACACGGUCGCAACAAAAGUGGACGAUGUUGAAGACCUCCUACGGAAAGUCGUAGCCGAAGCUUCUGAAGGGUUGGUACUCAAGAACCCCAGAUCCAUGUAUCGCCUGGACGACCGCUCUGGCGACUGGCAGAAGGUAAAGCCAGAGUAUAUGGAUGGAUUCGGCGAGGAGCUUGACUGUCUUAUCAUUGGCGGCUUUUAUGGCUCCGGUAGACGUGGCGGAAACCUGUCCAGCUUCUUGUGCGGUCUACGUGCCUCAAGCAAGGCUCUGCAAAGAGCGACCCUGUCUCAGAGCCAGAGCCAAAGUCAAAGCCAACGACGACACCAAAAGCCCCUCCCUCAAAGCAAGAGCCAGAGCCAGAGUCAGGAUCAAUCCUCGCAACGUCAGCACACCCAAUGUCAGACUCAAGGUGACCCAGGAGCUGAAUCGCUCGAAGGAGGCCCGAUCGAAAAUUUCAUUUCCUUCUUCAAAGUUGGUGGUGGCAUGACAGCCAACGAUUACGCCACGAUCCGCCACUCCACAGAUGGGAAAUGGCAUCCAUGGGAUUCCCGUCGGCCGUCGGCAAGAGACUACAUUGACUUGGGCAACUUGAGCUUGCUUAAGGAGAGACCAGAUGUGUGGAUCAAACCUUCGGACUCACUCGUUGUGCAGGUCAAAGCUGCACAGGUUACUGCCAGCGAAGAUUACGGCUUCGGGAAGACACUACGAUUUCCUCGGUUCAUGAGACUAAGAAGGGACAAGGACUGGAAGACUGCCCUGUCUGUCGAUGAGUUUGAAGAUUUACAAGUCAAGGUCGAGGAUCAGGAGAAAGAAAAAGCGAUGAAAGUCGACCAGCAACGCAGGGAGAAACGCAAGGGGCGCGCUGGCGGAUAUGCGAGUCGGAAGAAAGCGCUCACCGUGGCCGGGUACCAUGCCAGAGACGUUAACAGUGUCAAGUUGCCGGAGGGACCUAAGGGAACCGUCUUUGAAGGAUUGACAUUUUAUAUCAUGACGGAAUCCUCUCUAUCGGGGAAUCGAAAGAAGACCAAACUCGAGUUGGAAGCCUUGGUCAAGGCCAAUGGAGGCAAAAUUGUUCAGACAGCGACUCCGACGUCUGAGCACCAAGAAACCGUGGUAUGCAUUGCUUCCCGCAGAACCGUCAAAGUCGCGUCCCUGGAGAAGCGCGGUGAAAAGGAACUCGUCAAGCCGAUGUGGAUCUUUGACUGCAUUGACCAAGCGAAGCGGGACUUCGCUAGAGGAUAUGCAGAAGAGAUGAUCCUCCCUUUGGAGCCAGAGCGCCACCUCUAUUUCGUGCCGGACAGCAUGAGAGAGCUUUACGAGGACAAUGUGGAUGAGUUCGGGGACAGUUUUGCGAGAGACGUCGGGGAGGACGAGCUUAAAGAGAUCAUGACUAAGAUGGGCACUGUGGACAUUGAAGACGAGGAAUGGAAUAGAAUUCCAGACCUCUUCGGCGACGACUUCCUCAAUAUGAAGGGUUUCAUGUUCCACGGCUUGGUAUUUUUCUUUGAUCAGCCCGUUCCCGCGGCGCAGAAUGGAACAGCGCCGUCAUCGAGCUUGGCCUCGAACACUGCAUCGACCACCACGACAGCCAUUUCUUCUGCCCAAGCUCUUGCCCAGUUCGCGAGUGCCCGCAUCCUUCCAUCCACGUACACCACCCUUUCAUCCAUCCCCCGGGAUCUUCGAUCGACAGUCACGCACAUCAUUUCCAGCCCUGCGUCAGACCUCGGAGACUUGAGGCGACAGGUCUCGAAAUGGGACACGAGGAAGAUCCCACGGAUCGUGACCUCUGAGUGGAUUGAUAUCUGCUGGAAAGAAGGAACCAGGGUUGACGAGGAGGCGUACAUCGCCAGAUGA